AGGGCUAGCCGCUCCAGGUAAACGUGCUAGACAUCCCAAAUGAGAUCCGCUCUUCGGCGCGCGUACCUCAACCUGCAACGCUGCUCCAGGCUUAUGCGGGCACAAGAGCCAGCUCCCGGCGCGGGCCUGGUACAGGGAGCUACCUAUUUAGGUCAAACCGAAUCGCCGUCUGCGCCGACGCUGGCCCUCGGGGGUGAUACACCCGUCUUCGUAUAAGUACUCGAAGCACCAGCCAUGAGAUCUACGCAGUGGAUUCAAGCUUUCCUUCCCUUAACUUCACAUUCCUUUCAUUGAUCCCCUUGUCCGAUCUCUUGUAAUCAUGAAGAUGCAACUUAUCACUCCACUCGCUCUCGCGCUCGUCGCCACCCGUGCCUCUGCGAAAGUCCUCAAUGACGGCACCGACUUCCGCUACGGCAAAGGCUUCAACAACCAGGUCGACUGGCAGAUGGCUGGUAUCCUCGAAUACCCCUGCACCGGCGACUUCGCCAGCAUCGGCAUCUCUGACUGCUACCAGUUUGAGCUGUCCUCCGACGGCUCCAAAAACCUCGACACCAAGCACCUCGACUCCCCGCGCCAGCGCAACGAGUUCCGCGCGCCCGACCAGCCCGCGGGCAAGACGCGCACGUACGAGUGGAAGACCUACGUCUCGGGCGAGACGGGGACCAGCGACAACUUCUUCCACCUCACGCAGAUCAAGCUCGACCACGUGGACCCGCCGCUGCUGACGCUGACGGCCAGGAAGGGGAAGAUUGGGAUCGAGAGCGAGGAGCUGUGCGGGGGAGGGUGCGCGAGCGCGUCGUGGGAUGAUUAUGUGGAUCGGACGGUUCAGCAUACGAUGAAGAUCACCUUCGGUCCCAAUGGCUCCAUGGAUUACAAGAUCAAGGACGCGGACUCCGGCAAGAGCAUCAUCUCGCAGUCACUGAAGGGCCAUUUCGGUGACAACGAGACCUACCUCAAGUUUGGCUCGUACCGUAAGGUCUACGACCACAUGACGAAGGUUCGCAUGGCGGCCGGGGACUACAAGCAGACGUAAACGCCCUGUUAUCUUAUUUGCUGACUUAGUUACCGCCGCUGUCAUAUUUAUUGCCGAUAUAUCGCAUACACGACC